AAGAUACAUUUAGUUUAAAAACUGCAAUCAUUUUAUCUUGAUUAUUUUAUUGAUGAGACCUCAUUUAUAAGUGUACAAAAAUAUAAGAACGAUUUUAUACACCACAAAAAGUGAACUAAAUUUAUCAAUGGCAUAUUUAUCAAAGGUGCUUAUAAGUAAAAUUGCUAACAUAACGAAAAACACAUCUCAAUAUGAAGUUGCUUAUCAUAAUAGCAAUUCUGCGAUGCUUUGCAUUUAGUGUUGGCCAGUUUGAAGCUAACAGCAAGGCCAAUGGUAAGGCAAUUGUCCAUAUGUUUGAAUGGAAAUGGAACGAUAUUGCAGCCGAAUGUGAAAAUUUCUUAGGUCCAAAGGGUUUUGGAGGUGUUCAGGUUUCUCCUCCAAAUGAAAACGUAGUUAUUGCCAAACGUCCAUGGUGGGAGCGUUAUCAACCCGCUUCUUAUAUCCUCACCACUCGUUCUGGGAACGAGACCGAAUUUAGGUCCAUGAUCGAACGUUGUAACAAAGUAGGAGUUCUUGUGUAUCCCGAUGUUGUCUUCAAUCAUAUGGCUGCAGCAAGUGGAGUUGGAACAGCUGGAUCAACAUCAGACCCUCCAAAUAAAAUCUAUCCCGCUGUGCCGUACACUUAUUCAGAUUUCCAUCCAACGUGUACUCUUAACAAUUACAGCGAUCCUUUCAAUGUUCGCAACUGUGAAUUGGUUGGAUUGAAGGAUUUGGAUCAGAGCAAGGACUGGGCAAGAGACCGGAUUCUUGAGUUCCUUAACAAACUGAUCGAUUUAGGAGUUGCAGGAUUUCGCGUCGAUGCCUGUAAACAUAUGUGGCCAGCUGACCUUCGGGUAAUCUUCGCUCAUAUCAAAAAUCUUAGCACUUCCCAUGGAUUUGAACCAGGCUCGAGGCCAUUUAUUUUCCAGGAAGUCAUAGACAUGGGAGGUGAAGCCAUAUCUAGCAGUGAAUACACUUUAAUGGGAGCUGUUACUGAAUUCCGGUAUUCUGAUGGAAUCGGAAAGACCUUCAAUAAGAUUAAUCAAUUGAAAUGGCUGGAAAAUCUCGGAAGUGGCUGGGGACUGAUGCCAUCUACAAGUGCACUGGUAUUUGUAGACAAUCACGACAAUCAACGAGGACACGGAGCUGGUGGAGCUGAUAUUCUGACCUAUAAGAAACCUAAACAAUAUAAAAUGGCCACAGCAUUUAUGUUGGCCUAUCCAUAUGGUACAACUCGUAUUAUGAGCUCCUUUGCAUUCACAGAUGUGGAUCAAGGUCCACCCAGUAAAGACGACGGUGCAACAAUAUUAUCACCGACCUUCACGAAGGACGGUGGUUGUGACAACGGAUGGGUCUGUGAGCACCGUUGGCGUCAGAUAUAUAAUAUGGUGGAAUUUAAAAAUGUUGUUGGAGCUAAUGCUCUUAAAAACUGGUGGGACAACGAAGCUGACCAAAUUGCCUUCUGCCGUGGAGAUAAGGGGUUUAUAGCUUUUAAUCAGGACACCACUGAUUUGAAUCAGACUUUGAAUACUUGUUUGCCGAUUGGAAGUUACUGUGAUGUUAUAUCCGGUAAUAAGGUAGGAAAUGUUUGUUCUGGAAAAACUGUAACGGUUGAAAAUGAUGGAAAAGCGAACAUAUUUAUUGGAUUAGAGGAAGAAGAUGGUGUACUGGCGAUACAUGCUGGUUCUAAAUUAUGAAUAUUUAUAUAAAUUAAGUUUGAAUAAAUACAAUGAAAUAUCAAUAAUUCCAGA